AUGGCGUCGGGAUAUGGUCUGAACGGCGGCGUCGGCCGCUGCUUUCCCUUCUGGCAGGAGGUUAUGGGCUGCUACGUCGUCAACACCUCGGCCACUGACGACUCGGGCAAGAAGAAGUGCGGUUUUGCUCUCGAGGAUUACUACGAGUGCCUUCACCACAAGAAGGAGCACGCCCGAGCCCUGGCAAUCCAGGCUGCCUACGCCAGAACCGAGUCUUCGACUGCCCGAGACGACGCGCCGAGCGUUAAGCAAAUACGGAACCUGGGACUCAUCGAUAAGGAAGAAGACACGAAGAAGGUGUUGGGGCAGAGUUAGGGGUGGAAUGAGGCAGAUCUGAUAAACGCAUGAUGGAGCCACUGAUGUUUUCAGUGUGCGACCCGCAUCACCUGUAUAUGAUGAUGGAAUAAAUCUUGGUUCAAUUCA